AUGAAUCCCUGCCUGUUCAAAAUCUAUCUAUCUAUCUAUCUAUCUAUCUAUCUAUCUAUCUAUGAAUCCCUGUCUGUUCAAUAUCUAUCUAUCUAUCUAUCUAUCUAUCUAUCUAUCUAUCAUCUAUCUGUGAAUCCCUGUCUCUUCAAUAUCUAUCUAUCUAUCUAUCUAUCUAUCUAUCUAUCUAUCUAUCUAUCUAUCUUCAGCCGGAGAUUGAAAGUUUACUCUUCCAAAUGUUCAUAUAAAGAAUUUGACAAAUACCAUUUUUCUUUUUCCCGAUUCCUUUCUCUUUCCCAAUUUCUUUUCUCUUCUUCUUUGAUUUUUUUUUCUUUCGUUAUUCUCCUUCAUGUUCUUUCUCUCUUUUCUUACUAUAAUAAUUUUCUUCCUCUCCUUUCAUUUAUGUACAUUUAUCUUUCUUUCUUCUCGAUUUCUCUUUCGUCUAUCAUUUGCACCACCCUCUCUUUCAUUCUCUCUAUUCCUGUCUUUCUAUCUCUCUCUCCCGAUGACUUUUUAUCCCUCUCUUUAUUCCUCUAUCUCUGUUUCAUUCCCCUCUCUCUUUCUCUUUCUAUCUCUCUCAGUCUGUCACAUUUUUCCACUCACACUUCAACCUUUAUCCCUUACCUAAAAUUCUCUUACUACAAUUUUCUUUCUAUCAAUCUUGAUCUCUCUCCUAUUUACUAUCUAUCAUUAUUUUCUUUCCGCUCUCCCCAUCUCUCUUUCUCUUUCUCUCACACUUACACAUGCAGACACACUUUCAGUAUAUCGUUCUUUUACAUUCAUUAUCCUUUGCUCCAUCUUUCUCUCUCAAUUUUUUUUUAUAAUUAUCUUUCAUUCCGUUGCAAAUUUUGUUUCCAGUUCUAA